AGAGGAAACCAGGAAAUUCAAAGUUUUGCUACCGUCUCUCCUCCUCCUGACGCAGCAGCUUGCUCUCGAGCAUUUAAAGGAGGGAGGGAAUAAAACCACAUCGAUCACGCAAAUGAUCGGCUUACGCAGACUUCGGAUCGAUAUCUCAGACCCGGUUUCAGGGAGUCCACUGCGGGCCGGUGACUGAUUGAGCGACAUGGACACAAACUGCGAGGACUGGAUGUCAGCUCUACCUGAAGAGCUUUGGGACUUUCCUCUGACACACCUGGCCAUACCAGGAAGCCAUGAUGCCAUGAGUUACUGCCUGGACAUAAACUCGCCUUUGGUCAGGUCUGAGUCGGACUUCCGGCUCCUGGAUGCACUUUUCAGCUGUUUCACAAGGCCAAUCAUUUUUAAAUGGGCUACCACGCAGGACAAAAUCAUUGAGGAGCAGCUUUCAAUGGGGAUCCGGUACUUUGAUCUUCGCGUGGCGCACAAACCGCAUGACUCAUCCAGUGACCUGUACUUCACACACGUCAUAUACACUCACCUAACAGUACUGGAAACACUUGCGUCUGUUGCUUCCUGGCUGAAGUCUCACCCAAAGGAGAUCGUCAUCCUCGCUUGCAGCCAUUUUGAAGGAAUGGACGACAAAUGCCACCAAUCAUUCAUUUUGUCCCUGAAGAAAUUGUUUGGCUCUAAGCUGUGUCCCCGAAAGGAAUCAGUCCUGACCUUGCGGAGUCUGUGGGCGUCUGGUUACCAGGUCAUCCUGUCCUAUGAAUGCCAACUUGCAGUGAGACAUCAGGAGCUGUGGCCUGCCAUCCCUUACUGGUGGGCUAACCAGCACACAGCGCAGGGGGUCAUCACUUACUUGGACUGGCACAAAGACCUGGGACGUCCAGAGGGUUUCUUCGUGUCCGGCCUGAAUCUGACAGCCGAUAGAUGUUACAUCACCAAGCACCAGAAGGAAUCCCUGCGGACACUCACCUACAGCAACUGGGAGUGUUUGAAGACAUGGCUGGAGGAGCAGACUCCCGGAUCGGACCCCAAGAGCCUCAACAUCGUUGCAGGAGACUUUGUGGGGCCACUGCCGUUGUGCUCUGCGGUGAUUGCACUGAACCAAAAACUGCGACGGAAGAACUCCGGCAAGAGAAAAAAUCAUUAAUAGUUACACCACACCCAAUUUCCG